AUGGCGACUGAACACGCCCGACGCUCGCAGUGGAAGAACGACCUUCUUCCCCACAUCGUGGAUCGCUUGGCACGUGAAACUCCUGAGGCUCUUUACGCCGAGUACCCAGUCUCACCCUCGACUUACGACGAAGUUCUCACCUAUGUUGGACCGAAUGACUUCCGAUAUACCGUCUUGGUUUUGGCAGCAGUUAAGGUCGGAUACGUACUGUUCCUGACCUCUCCACGCAACAGCUUGGCAGCCCAUCUCAAGCUCUUCCAUCAACUGAACUGUACCAAGCUACUCUACCCAGAACCUAAGCCGGCUUCUGUUAGUGCAAUUCUCGAAUCGCAUUAUAUGCAACAUUUUGCCGUGCCAAGCGUCGAAGACUUGCUAGGCAUAGAAUACCCAGUCUAUCCAUAUGACAAGAAGUUCGAAGAAGCUAUGUCUGAGCCUUUGAUGGUUAUACAUACUUCUGGUUCUACUGGUUUCCCAAAAGCACUGAUCUAUUCGCACGAGGGUGUGGCUCGGAACAUGAACAUGUUAGCCAAGGACCCUCCAGAGGGAUUGGGAUUUAUGGACAGACUGGUACAAGGUAAACGAGUUCUGAACUGUUUCCCUCCAUUCCAUGGCGCUUGUCUUGCAAGCCACUUAUUUGCCGCCAUCCCCUUUGGAACGGUCAUGAUAGCUCCUCUUGCUGGAACAAUCCCCACUGCUCAAGGCAUUGUCGACGCGCUUCAUCAUACUUCCGCACACGUCGCUCUUAUCGUCCCUUCAAUCAUCCACGAGUUGAACCAAGAUGCUGCCUUGCUUGAUUAUUGUGCUCAGAAUCUUGAACGUUGUCUCUAUGCUGGUGGAGAUCUUCCGCAGGCAGUGGGUGACAAGGUCGCUUCUAAAUUGCCGCUAAUAUGUCAGUACAGAGCGUCUGAGAUUGGGAUGACACCGCAGUUGUUACCAAAAGAGAUGACUCCAUAUGAUUGGAAAUAUGUCUUCUUCCAUCCUUGCCUAGGUACCGAGUUCAGAGACAUCGCUGAUGGGAACUAUGAGCUAUAUGUCAAGCAUGACCCGGAAAAAGAAAGCGAACAACCAACUUUCACUGUUUUUCCUCACCUGAAAGAAUAUGGAAGUCGUGAUCUUUUCAAACAACAUCCCACCAUUCCUAACUUAUGGAGUUGGAGUGCUCGUGCCGAUGAUAUUAUUGUUUUCCUAAAUGGAGAAAAGACAAAUCCUAACUCGAUGGAGCAACAUAUCGUCGCUAGGAAUCCCGAAGUUUCGGCUGCAAUCGUUGUUGGGACCCAGCGAUUCCAGGCGGCGUUGAUGAUCGAGGCUGCUACUACUGCUCAGCCGCAAAGCAUUGCUGGGGAGGCUACUUUCAUCGAGCGGAUCUGGCCCAGUAUUGAAGAGGCUAACAGGCUUGCUCCCGCAUAUACAAGGGUGGAGAAGUUUAUGGUCUUGCCACUCAGCUCCAAGAAGCCUGUCAUUCGUGCGGGUAAAGGCACAAUACAAAGAGUAGCUACAAUUCUGCAGUACUCAGCCGAACUUGACAGAGUCUACCAGAAUGCAGACAUCAAUUCAGAUGUAGAUGACUUUGGAAUAACUAUCCGUGUACAGGAUAUUAAGUCCAUCUCGCAAGCUGUGAGGGCUAUUGUGAUCGAGGCAACAGGAUAUACCGAGCUCGACGAUCACACCAACUUUUUCGCAAUCGGGCUCGACUCGUUACAUGGUUUGAAGAUAACACGAAUGUUGAGACAACGCCUUCGCAUAUCAGACGUGGCUAUUGCAACUGUUUACAACCAUCCGUCUAUCGCGCAGCUUUCCAAUGCGAUCCUCUCACUUCAAAUCAGCAAACAAAAUUUGCAAACCCGGGAGAAGCAAGCUAGGGCUCAGUCCCUAACAUCAAUAUUUGAAGAAUACCGAGAUUGCGUUCACGACAUUUCCCAGCCUACUACCCGCGUUGUAAAAAGACCCGAGAAGCACUUUGUUGUCUUGACAGGAUCGACUGGCAGUCUCGGUGGCUACCUACUGGAGGCUCUCCUCAAUGACCCAAGUGUAGAUUAUAUCUACUGUCUCGACCGGAAGAAUGACAAUCGAAGCCCCAAGAUUCAUCGACACAAUGCCACCAUACUCACUUCCAGACAGAACCAUACGAGAGUUACAUUCCUCGAGGUAGAUCUGGCUCAGUCCAACUUGGGCCUCGAUUCGGAGGCGUACAAUUCUAUCCUGGAAUCUGCAACAUUGAUCAUCCACAAUGCUUGGCCCGUAAACUUCAAUCUCUCACUCGACGCUUUCCGUCCUCAGUUGACUGGACUUUUAAAUCUCUUCACCUUCUCGGCUUCUGCCAGGUACAAGCCCGCCUUGUUCUUCAUCUCGUCAAUAAGCUCCGUCCUUGGUCUUCGCACACCUUCCAGAUUGACCUUUGAAGAAGUCGUGACAACCACCGAUGCUCCUUUCUCAAAUGGAUUUGAGAAUCCCGAUUUUAUUGCACGAGUUGGACAGAUCGCUGGUCCUGUCCUUCAGCCCGGGCUGUGGAAUCCCGCUGAGUGGCUUCCCAGUUUGGUCAUGAGCUCUAUUCGCAUCAAUGCACUGCCUGAUAGCCUGGGUGCCGGCAUGAGUAGAGUGGACUGGAUACCUGUUGAUUUACUGGCGGAGAUUAUCGUUGAUAUAUCAUUGCAUCAUGAUGGAAAUCUGGUUUGCUCUGGUGCUGAGGUGUUGCACCUUCGAAAUCUCAAGGUGACUACAUGGGAAGCCUUGCUGCCAGAUGUGAAAUCUAUCAUCGACUCUAUAACGUCGAAGAACAUAGCUGUUGUACCUGCCAAGUCUUGGCUUGCAAACAUUCGACAAGAUUUUGAAUCAACAUUAAAGAGCAAGGAGGGAAACGAAGGAGAAAAAGUUGCAGAUGAAGAACUUGAGACGCUGCUGAAAGCGAAUCCUGCUAUCAAGCUCUUGGAUUUCUUUUCGUCCAGCUUUCCAGAGACAGAAGAAGUGAACGUUCUUGCUCUUGAAAAGACACUGUCUAGGAGCGAGCCAUUGAGAUCUUUGGGCGGCGUAAGCAGUAGCUGGAUGCAGAAGUGGAUCGCGGAGUGGCUACUUUCUUGA